AUGCCCUACAAAACAAGAGAUGAUGUAAAGCUCCACUUGUUACAAUACGGGUUCAUCGCUAAUUAUACAAAUUGGUGGGCACAUGGUGAAAAAACUAGAACACUUCAGCAUGAGGUGCAACUGCCUAAUCCUAUGGAAGAUGAUGAUUUUGAUGGGAAGGGUGUGCUUUUUUUCCCUAUAUUUAAAGAUGCAUAUGUCAUCCGAUCAAUCCCUUCUAUACUGAAGACGAUGUUUAAUGGCCCAUGGACCACAUGGAAGGAUGUUGAUGCGAUUAAUAGUGAGACAUUAUGGCAACAUUUUAAGGGACUGUAUCAAUGGGAUCCUUAUAAGUACACUGAUGAAGUUAUACACGAUGCAUGGAAGGAGGUCAUGAAAAGUUGUUUUUCUGAGUCGAUGACAAAUGCACUGAAAGAAUUUGUUAUACUUGCUAAGGCGAAAAAUGCCAAUGCAUUAGAAAAAUGGAAACGUAAAUCGGAUUCAAGAAAGGAAAAUAGAAGCAAAAUGGAACACGGUUCAAUUUCCAAACACUGUUGUGGUUCUAUUCCAAUUUCUCAUCACAGGGACAAAUUGGAAUCAGAGUUGAAGUGCCCACCUUCUCGCCUUGACCUGUUUAAUAGAACACAUCGCACCAAAAAACCGAAAGAAAGCACUUCAAACAAUGACUAUGUUACACCUAAACCUAUGAUGAGUGUGGAUGAAUAUACGGAGGGUAUAGUGGCUAAAUAUGGUGAUGAUAUUGAUAGCCAUCCUCCGUAUGAUCAUGAACUUUGGGUUAAAGUUACUGGAGGUAUCAAGAAAUGA